AAAUGCUCCGCCCCAAUCGCUACAUGAAAAACCCAAUUUCCUUACCCAUCACUUUCCCCCACCCCAAGAUAUCUUCUCCUUUCCCCAUUGUAUGUGUCUCUUUGCUGCAGCUUUUCUUUGCCGGUCCAACACUCAAUCUUCCUCGAUACUACUCCUUGCUUCCCAUCGCCGACCAUUAAUCACUCUCUUCGGUCUUUCGGUUGGUUUCUCAUUUCCUCACAGCAGUUUUCUCCUUUCCUGGUCCGGCACAUGUCCUCUUUUAGAACUGCACAAAUUCACCUAGUGAGUUCUCAUCGUGAGGUUUAUGAACCCUGUGAUGAUUCGUUUGCUUUGGUUGAUGCACUGUUAGCUGAUCGAGUUAAAUUGUUAAAUCAUAAUCCAACAUUGUGCUUGGAAUUUGGUUGUGGUAGUGGCUAUGUUAUAACAUCGCUUGCUCUUAUUCUGGGAAAGGAAGCUUCUGCAACCCAUUAUAUUGCUACAGACAUCAAUCCUCAUGCAAUUAGAGUCACUCAGGAGACUCUAGAAGCACAUGGGCUUCAUGCAGAGUUGGUAUGCACUGACCUUGCAUCUGGUUUGGAGAAGCGACUGGCUGGAUCAGUUGAUGUGUUGGUUGUGAAUCCACCCUAUGUUCCAACCCCAGAAGACGAAGUGGGUCAGGAUGGAAUUGCUUCUGCUUGGGCGGGAGGGGAAAAUGGUCGCAGUGUCAUUGACAGGAUAUUGCCUGUUGCUGAUGUUCUUUUGUCUGAUAAAGGCUGGUUGUACAUGGUUACUCUUACAGCAAAUAAUCCCUUUCAGAUAUGUCUUCAAAUGAGAGAAAAAGGAUAUGCUAGUAGAAUUGUUGUGCAGAGAUCAACUGAAGAAGAGAGUCUUCAUGUGAUAAAGUUUUGGAAGGAUGCUGAUCUCCAAGUUGAUGGAAAAGAUUCAACACAUAAAACAGGGCCUGGAAGGGUUGUGGAGUCUCUAAUUUCACAACUUCCUCGUCUCUCUUUUUGGAGAAACAACAGCAACACUAACAGAUGAAUGAAUUAUCAGACCAUCUUCUUGGUCGUGCCUCUCUUGCAGGACUUGAGACUCAUCCAUACAUCCUCCAUUGUUACAAGCAACAAGUCCAACCUUCCAAUUUUUGUGCAUUCCACAGGUGCAUCGUGUUCGUUUUUGUAAAUGCAUAUGCUUAUUUUGACCAUAUAACUUCUUAGAGAUUUGUCAUAGUUAGUCAUUAACUGUCACCUGCUGAGCUUGAAACUCCAAGUUCUCUUAGAUCAUAGGAAUCAUGGUUUCAUUAACAAAAUAUCACUGAAGAUAUAUGAAUUGGGGCAGUUGCAGUUGCGUUGCAACAAUCUGUCUCAUGUGUUUGAUAUGCCACAUUUGUGACAAUUUCAACUUUGUAGUUCUCAUCUGAUGAUCCCGUUUUGUCACUA